AUGCCCCGCGCCCCCCGCCCCCGCGCCGCCAAAGCGUCCGGUCCCGCGAGCACCGGCUACACGCCCACCCAGAUCUCGCGGCACAUCAGCGCCUACUUCAGCGCCACGCCGCCGGCUGCCUGGAGCCUCGAGGCCUUCACAGCGCACUGCAGGACGCACGCGCAUUUCGCGGCGAAGAAGACGCCGGCAAUGGUCAACUACUGGCUGACUGAGUUGAAGAACAUCCUGUCUGCGGAGGAGAGUGAAGAGGGGGAGGGUGAGAAUGAGGGAGAGCGGGAGAGAGAUGGGGAGAGGAGGGAGCGGGCGAGGGCUGUGCAGGAGGAGUGGAAGGGGAGGGGGAGGAAGAAGCACCCGCGCUACACGGCGACAAACAGCAUCGUCGUGCACGGCGACAUCAUCAACUCGAGUGUGGCGAACAUUGCCGGAACACUGCCCGCGCCCGCCGCAUCUCCCGCACCCCCGGUUGAGCCGGAGCCGGUCGCUGAGCCCGCCGCUGAGCCCGCCGCUGAACCGGAGCCCGACACCGACGACGACCGCCUACCGACCCUCAUCCCCACCGACAUCACCACGCCCGGCACCUUCCUCUCGCGCUUCCCCGCAAUGACACACAAAGCGCGCAUCACCGCCGUCAAGACCCUCGAAGACACGCUCCACACCCACCUGCAGCAGGCACCCGCCUCCUCAGUGCUGCUCACGCACGGCAUCAUCGACCGCGACGACGCAGAGGCCGCUGCGCUGUUCACAACCGCAGAGAUGAGGGCGAUAUCGGCGCUGGCACCGCGCCCGCCGGAGCAGGAUGCGGCGUUCGAGUAUGCGUGUGCGCGGUACACGGGGGGGAGGGGCGACGCGGAGUGGUAUCGGGUGGUGUCGGAGACGCCGCCGCGGCCGGCGGGGGUGCGGUAUGAGAGGGGGGUCAACUUUAAUGCGACGUAUGUUAACCAUGCGGUGGGGGCUAUAUUGGGCAAUAUGGAACAUCUGGCGGAGACGUGCAGCUUUGCGCCGGAGCCGAACGAGGGCUGGUUUGAUGCGAAUAUCUGGGCCCCGCUGAUUGACUACUGCUUCAAGGACCUGCACGGCGUGUCUCUCUCACGAAAAGAAAUCAUGUCCCGCGCUGCCCCACACUUCCGCUUCGACGGCAUCCUCCUGCAACACCAGUCCGGCCAAGGCGCACGCGAAUACGGCGCCAUCGAGGUCGGCCGCAACACGCUGGGCACAAAGCGGCACACCGACAAGCUCAAGCUCGUACACAUCCUUCACGCCAUGCUGCACCGCCUCGCCGCCGAGGUAGGCGGGCGCUGGGAGGUGGCGAGAGGCUUGGAGACCGUGGGCGUGCAUUGUGUUGGCUCCUCCGUGCAGAUUCUCCGGAUGGGGUUUGUGAGUAGGAAUGUGUGCCUGCUGCGUACGGGGCCGGUGCAUCCCGUGCCGAGUCGGUUUGAGGACAUGGAGGAUGUGUUCCCGGCCAUGAGGGCGGUGGUGGCUGCGAAGCUGGUGAUUAAGCGCUCGAUUGAGAUUGUCAAGGGGUAUGAGCAUGAGGGGUGGGCGGACGAUAUCUAG